AUGGUCAAGUGGUUUCGGUUCCUCAAGCGCGAUCAGCAGCUGUCCGUGUAUUUCUUUGCGGUGCCCCGUCUUAGCCUGGAUAUAAUGGGCUAUUGGCCCGGAGGCACCGGCGAUCGUCUGCCCCGGAGAUCCAUUGUCCACUUUGUGAUCCUGUCGAUUGGCGUCAUCACCGAAUGGCAUGCAGGACUGCGAUUCCUGGACCAGCAGCAGAUAACCCUGGCCCUGGAGACCCUCUGUCCAGCGGGAACUUCGGCGGUCACGCUCCUCAAGAUGUUUCUCAUGCUGCGCUACCGCCGGGAUCUGUCUACCAUGUCGGAUCGCCUGAGGAGCCUCCUCUUCGACCUCAAGUCGGAGCGAUCCGACCAGCAUGACAUCCGGCUGAGCCACUCGGUGAAGGCGGCUCGCAUCAACUUCUGGCCUCUGUCCACCGGGUUCUUCACCUGCACCACCUACAACCUGAAGCCACUGCUGAUCGCCUUGGUCCUGUAUCUCCAGGAUCGCUUCGACGGAUUCGUCUGGUUCACCCCCUUCAAUAUGACAAUGCCCACGGUUCUAUUGAGAUCUCCAUUCUUCCCCCUGACCUACGUUUUCAUUGCCUAUACGGGGUAUGUGACCGUAUUUAUGUUCGGAGGCUGCGAUGGUUUUUAUUUCGAGUUCUGUGCCCACUUGUCAUCCCUGUUUGAAUUGCUCCAGGCGGAGCUACGAUCCAUUUUCAGGCCCUACGAAGAUUAUUUGGAGCUUUCGCCGGUGCAGCUUUAUAGUCUUGAGCAGCGAAUGCGGGAAGUCAUCAUGAGGCAGAAUACCAUUAUCGAGCUGACCAACUUUUUCCGGGAGCGUUAUACCGUUAUUACAUUGGCCCAUUUUGUGUCCGCUGCCAUGGUGAUUGGCUUCAGCAUGGUCAAUCUUCUGACAGCAGGAGGAAAUAGUCUGGGAGCCCUGCUCUAUGUGGCCUACACGGUGGCCGCCUUGAGUCAACUUCUGGUCUAUUGCUAUGGCGGCACUCUGGUGGCCGAAAGUAGUAUGGAGUUGUGCCGAGUGAUGAGCACUUGUCCCUGGCAAUUGUUUAAGCCUCCACAGCGGCGCCUCGUUCAGCUAAUGAUCCUGCGAUCCCAACGACCCAUAUCCAUGGCAGUGCCUUUCUUUUCCCCUUCACUGGCCACCUUUGCUGCGAUUCUUCAGACUUCGGGCUCUAUAAUUGCCCUCUGUAAAUCUUUUCAAUAA